UUGUCUGUUUCUUAGGUAUGACAUUGAGGACUUCCCAUUCGUUUACACUUCGUUGGGUUGAGAGGGCUAUUGCUGUGUUGGAUGCUGCAGGUUCCACUUUCAUAACGUCAGCACAACUGGCAGGUUGGUGGAACCAGGAACUUUCAAAUAGACAGCAGAACACGUCUGUUGACCAAAAAGAACCUUCUAACCUGCUAAUAGAAACGAAUGAUAGUCCGUUUUGGGGAAAGGAAGUAGUUCCUUCUCAAGUGGACGAGGAGAGAGAGUGGGUGAUAAGUGAGUCAAGUGCACGUCUCUAUGGCCUACUUUGUGAAGAAGAGGAAGGAAAGCGUGCACAAGUAGACUUGUCUCUUUAUGAUGAGUGGGAUGUGUUGGGAGCUUUGGCUAUGUGGUUGAAGGAAAGGUGGAAACGAAUAGUGCCUGCUUCCACCCGGGGAGAGUUGGUCGAUGCUGCUAUCACUUUUUAUGAGAAGAACUAUAGUGACGGUGCCAGAGCAAAACUUUUCUCAUGUGUUACGAAGCUGGAAGUGGAAGCUCUUACUAUUUUGAGAACUGUGGCUGGCGCAGUAGUACGUUCCGAAUCUGCUGGAUAUGUAGACUCUACCCUCAACUCUCUUGCUGAAAGAUAUAGAAACAAUUCCAAUAUCGAAGAUGGAAACGUUGGAGUGGAGUUAGUUAUUGGUCCACUCAUGUUCAUGCCGUAUUGUUCAAGAACAGUUGAUAACAGCGGUUCCGUGUUGGAGGAACAAGUAGGCAAUCCAAUUGCAAGCUCCAUGGCGAUACUUUUGUUUGCGAAGGUUUAUUCACAAGUGCUUUUUAAGACCAACCAGUCAAAAGGUUUUUUGGGUCCGACCGUUGUCAACCAUAUUCCACUUAUAGAAGGAAUGAAAGAGAAGAAACCCAACAUUAGUUUUCUUUCCAAGUUUUCAAAAAGAGAAGCGAACCAGUCCAGGAUAAAUGAUACAGAUGAGAACAACAUGAUUAUUCGUGGUUCAGUAGAAACAAAACUGGAAGGCAUGAGGACUAGGUUGGAACAGUUGCAGAAAGAAGUCGAAUAUCUCAAAGAAGAAUUGCAUCGCAUGCAACAAGCCAAUAAUGGUCGUGUUGAAGAGAUUUCGGAAACUUUUGAUUUUUGGACGCAACUUUUAUUAUCGGAGACACGUGCGUCCUUAUCUCUGGAAAAAAGUGCAAGAGAGAAAUUAGAAAAAAGAGUUCAUUAUUUGGAAGACAUUCUAAAAGAGAAAAUUCCAGAGAAGGCGUUAGUUGUAAGUAAGUCCGUCAUCGGUUCAUCGCUACCCAAUGGUGCCAAAGAGUUUACCCAUCCUGUUGAUAGCAAUGAACAAACGAGACAUAAGAAAGAGACUGAUUCGCAAGAUGAUGAUCUAUUUGAAGCAUUCCAAGAAGCAGUUGGGGUCUCAUUGUCUCUGGAUGCCCAUGGAAAUAGCAAACACUCUUCUAGUACAAAUAAUAACACAGACGUGAAAAAUUAUCAAAAUUCGAAGGCCUUGAAGAAUGCCAACGGCAAACAAAGUCAGCCACCUAUUGAUUCUGGAAGUAGUUGCGCAUCAUAAUUCGUUGGACAUCUUAUGUAAAUA